AUUUAAAAAAAAAAUCUUUAUUUUUUUUAAUAGAAACACAAAUUAAUGCAUGUUUUGCAGUUUAAUUUUUGUCUUUUUUUUGCGGGAAGUGUCCAACUUUGUGCGGUAACAGACAGCUUCGGGAGUUAAGGUUUUUGUGGAAACUGGUCUCCGUGUGUGCCCGGAGCGCUCCAUCCAUCCUCAGCGGCGGUGAUGGCGGACGCGGCGGAGACCACCAUCAAGGUGGUGUGCCGUUUCAGGCCUCUGAACAGCUCGGAGGUGGCCCGGGGAGACCAGUACAUACCGAAGUUUAAGGGGGACGACUGCGUGGUGAUUGGGGGUAAACCAUACUACUUUGACCGUGUGUUCCAGUCCAAGACGACUCAGGAGGAGUUCUACAAUGCUGUGGCUCAGAAGAUAGUCAAAGAUGUUCUGGAGGGAUACAACGGGACCAUUUUUGCUUAUGGGCAGACAUCUUCAGGCAAAACACACACAAUGGAGGGGAAGCUUCACGACCCAGACAUGAUGGGAAUCAUUCCUCGAAUUGUACAAGACAUCUUUAACUACAUUUAUUCCAUGGAUGAGAACCUGGAGUUUCACAUCAAAGUUUCAUAUUUUGAAAUCUAUUUGGACAAAAUUAGGGACUUGUUGGAUGUAUCAAAGACCAACCUUCCUGUGCAUGAGGACAAGAACAGGGUGCCCUAUGUCAAGGGGUGUACCGAGCGCUUUGUCUGCACCCCUGAGGAGGUCAUGGAAGCCAUAGACGAAGGCAAAAAUAACCGAAGCGUGGCUGUCACAAACAUGAAUGAGCACAGCUCCAGGAGUCACAGCAUCUUCCUCAUCAACAUCAAGCAGGAAAACAGUAAGACUGAACAGAAAUUAACCGGCAAGCUGUACCUCGUCGAUCUGGCUGGGAGUGAAAAAGUGGGUAAAACUGGAGCAGAGGGUACAGUGCUGGAUGAAGCCAAGAUGAUCAACAAAUCUCUGUCCGCAUUGGGAAUUGUCAUCUCAGCUCUCGCAGAAGGCUCGACCUACAUACCAUACAGAGACAGUAAGAUGACCAGAAUCCUGCAGGAUUCCCUUGGAGGAAACUGUCGGACAACCAUGGUUAUUUGCUGCUCACCUUCCGCCUACAAUGAUGCAGAGACCAGAUCUACAUUGCUGUUUGGACAAAGAGCAAAGACCAUCAAGAACCAAGUGACUUUGAAUGUGGAGCUGACAGCAGAGCAGUGGAAGAGCAAAUGGGAGAAAGAGAAGGAGAAAAACAAGACGCUGCGAAACAGUGUCACCUGGCUCGAGAAUGAGCUCAACCGCUGGAGGAGCGGGGAGAGUGUGCCAGUGGAGGAGCAGUUUGACAAAGAAAAGGCCAAAGAAGAAGUGCAGGCCAUGGACAGCACGCUCAACAGUGACAAGGCAGCACCCAAACCUGCCCUGAGCUCCCUGCCUGGAGUCAAACUCACAGAUGCAGAGAAAGAGAAGUACGAGGCAGAAAUGGCCAAGCUCUACAAAGAGCUGGACGACAAGGACGAUGAGAUCAACCAGCAGUCGCAGUUGGUGGAGACUCUGAAGCAGCAGAUGUUGGAUCAGGAGGAGCUAUUAGUAUCCUCUCGCCGUGACCACGACACCCUGCAGACGGAGCUGAACCGUCUGCUGGCAGAGAAUGAGGCCUCCAAAGAGGAAGUGAAGGAGGUGCUGCAGGCCCUGGAGGAGCUGGCUGUCAACUAUGACCAGAAGAGCCAGGAAGUUGAAAACAAAACAAAAGAGUUUGAGGCUCUCAGUGAGGAACUGAACGAGAAAUCGAGCUCCUUGGCCUCCAUUGACUCAGAGCUUCAGAAAUUGAAGGAGAUAACCAACCACCAGAAAAAGAAGGUCACUGAGAUGAUGUCAUCAUUACUCAAAGACCUGGCUGAGAUAGGCAUCGCCGUGGGAAGCAAUGACAUCAAGCAUCAAGAGAGCAGCGGUCUCAUUGAUGAAGAGUUCACUGUGGCCCGUCUCUACAUCAGCAAGAUGAAGUCAGAGGUGAAGACCAUGGUGAAGCGCAGCAAACUGCUGGAGGGCACACAGGCUGAGACCACCCAGAAGCUUGAUGAGACUGAGAGGGAUUUGACUGCCUGCCAGCUCCGCAUCUCCCAGCAUGAAGCUAAAAUCAAGUCCCUGACAGAGUGCCUCCAGAAUGUGGAGCAGAAGAAAAGACAGCUGGAGGAGAAUGUGGACUCUCUCAAUGAGGAAAUAGUCAGGAUCAGGGCCCAAGAGAAGGUUAAUGCCAUGGAGAAAGAGAAUGAGAUCCAGUCUGCAAAUGAAGUCAAGGACGCUGUGGAGAAGCAGAUCCUGUCUCACAGAGAGGCCCAUCAGAAGCAGAUCAGCAGCCUGAGAGAUGAGCUUGACACCAAGGAGAAGCUUAUUACUGAGCUGCAGGAUCUGAAUCAGGAGAUCAUGUUGGAGCAGGAGCGGCUGAGAGUGGAGCAUGAGAAGCUCAAGGCUGCCGACCAGGAGAAGAGCCGCCAGCUGGAAGAGCUCACGGUGCAGCAGGACAGGAGGGAGCAGGCCAGACAGGACCUGAAGGGACUGGAGGAAACUGUGGCACGGGAACUGCAGAGACUUCACAGCCUGAGAAGGCUCUUUGUCCAAGACUUAUCCACAAGGUUAAAAAAGAAUGCUCAGAUGGACUCAGAUGACACAGAGGGCAGCACUGCUCAGAAGCAAAAGAUCAGCUUCCUGGAGAACAACCUCGAGCAGCUGACCAGAGUUCACAAGCAGCUGGUACGGGACAACAAUGAUCUUCGCUGUGAAAUCCCUAAGAUGGAGAAGCGCCUGCGGGCCACUGCUGAACGGGUCAAAGCCCUGGAGGCUGCCCUGAAGGAGGCCAAAGAGAAUGCAGCCCGCGACCGUGAGCGCUACCAACAGGAGGUGGACCGCAUUAAGGAUGCUGCCAAGCCUAAAAACAUGGGCAGGAGAGGAUCAGCACAGAUAGCUAAGCCUAUCAGACCUGGUCAGCUGCCAGGGGCUCCUAUAAACUUCAGCGUUAACAGGUUCAACCUCAUCCAGAACAAGGGGAUUAAGGGAGGAGGCAAUACCAGCUCUUGAGGAUGUUGAUAUACACUCAGACACAAAGCUGAAGCACACCAACAUGCUGACCCGUCACCUGAAUCAUUGCACUCAUCUUCCAGUGUCUAAAUGUGUAUUUACUGUACAUAAGCGCAGCAUAAGCUGCAAAGCUGCUCCUUUAAGCUAAUACUUUUAAGCUCUGUAAGCAAUCAUAACCUGUAAUAGUGUCCUGCAAAAUCCACUUUUGUUAUGCCAAGUUGCUGUAUUUUCUUUUCCCAGGCACAGAUAACAUUUUAUAGUGUGCCAACAUGCAUGUACAUAUCAGACCUUGAUGGGCACCUCAACAUGAGAGCAGAGCUGAAAACAAGGCUGAACAGUGGCCUUGAUUCUCUCAUCUCUGUUAUUUCUCAGAAUAUCUCUUUGUAGACUCAUUGAUUGGUUACAUUGUGACAUGAGUAGUCUACAGAUGCUACAAAAACACUUGCUUGUGCAGCAGUUGCAAAUAAAGCUAUUUAAUUAUAGUCAUGUGUAAAGAGAAAGUUUUUGACAGGACUAUGUGACCCUUACUGCUUCCAUGGGAAGAGUAAGUAGCAGCCAGGUGCUGCUAAUCAAAUGCACUUGAUUAAUUGAUUAUCAGCAAGUGUGAGCACCCCUAUAAAAGACGUUUUGGCAUUUUGCUUGUUUAUUCAGGUGUAUGGUAAUACAAACCCACAGUCUUCCCAGGAGUGGACACCCUGGCAAAUUCACCUCAAGGAUAGCUUGUGCAAUUCUCGGAGAAACUGAAAAACUCAGCUCAGGCUCUAGAGGCCUCAGAUAGCGUGUUAAAUGCUAAAGUUCAUGACAGUACAAUUAGAAAAUGACUGAACAGGUAUGACUUGUUUAGAAAGGUUGCCAGAAAAAAGCCUCUUCGCAUCUGAACAAACCACAGGACUUCUGGAGCAAAGUCCUUUGGAUAGAUGAGGCCAAAGUGGAGAUGUUUGGUCAUAAUGUACAGCGCCAUGUUUGGCAAAAACCAAACACAGCACAAA